AUGAUGAAAGAUCUGGUGUCACGGGAAUUUGACUUUCAGGACCUGUCCACAUUAACUCUGACACAGACAUGCAGCGCAGUAGUGACACGACCCAUGGCUCAAAAGACGUCCGAUCCAGGAGCCAGCAUAAACUUGAUGCCUUUGGCGAUAUAUACAAAACUGGACAUUGGCAGAGCUAGACCGACUUCGAUGCUAUUGCAACUGGCUGACCGCACGGUUAAAAGACCGACGAGGAUUCUUGAUGAUGUGCUGGUAGAUGAGGAGAUACCCAUCAUGCUGUUGAGGCCAUUCUUAGCCACUGGGAGAGCAUUAAUUGAUUGUGAAACUAGGGAAUUGAAAAUGAGGUAG